ACCCAGGAGGGAGGGACCCGCUGAGGGACACGAGGGGGGCAGGAGCAGCGCAUUAGAUCCUGGGCUAGGGAACCUCAGAGCGAGGUGCAGCGGGAGGAGGAAGGUGUGGAGGUCCGGGCCAGACCCUGCGCUCCCAGAGGCGGAGGCGGAGGAAGCCUGGCCCGAGAUCCCCCGGGAGACCCCCCGGAGGGACAGGGCAGAGAGGAGCCUCCAGGCGCAGAAACCCUGGGAGGCACUUCCCCGCCCCAGACGAGAGUGCUGCCCAGGGUGGGACGAGGAUUCAAGGUCAGAGGACAACGCCUCCCCCCAGGUCGCCUGGGAGACCCCGAAGCGACCCCGGGGUGGCACAGGUCGUAUGCAGGCCUGGGCGACCUCUCCUAGGUUGGGGGCGAUGGGGACAGGAGCCCCGCAGAGCCUCCUCCUUCUCCUCCUCUUCCUCCCAAUGCUGCUGCCACGCGGGGCCUCCGCGGGGAGCCUGCAUACCCCAGGUGAGUCUUGGCCAGAUGAUUGGGCCUUGGUCGCACUCCCUCCUUCGCCUCCCCGCCUAGGGCCCGGGUCCCGAGCCUGGGGAGGGGUCAGAGCAGGUGGCGGGAGCAGCCGAGCAGCCCCAGGGCCCCGGGGACACCAGGGGCCGGGGCUGGGGGCCGGGACGGGGGAGAAGAGGCCUCGGUUGGACCGGCCCAGCGGAAGGGUGCCCGGCUUCUGUGCAGGCCUGGGUACCGGAGGGCCCGUGUGGAUGGGGCCAGAAAGCGAUCUCCGGCGUGAGGGGCCGGGCCUUGCCCUACAGCUUCUUUGCGGGGCACCCACUAGCGGUGACCGAGGGACUUGGGGUUCAGAGACACAGCUGCUGUCGGGAGCAGCAGGGACCGAGCUGAGCGGGAGGACACUUCUCUGCGGGAACCCAGAUGGCGACGUGCAGCCGUGGUGCUACGUGGCCGAGACCGAGGAGGGCAUCUACUGGCGCUACUGCGACAUCCCCACCUGUCACAUGCCGGGCUACCUGGGCUGCUUCGUGGACUCGGGAGCCCCCCCGGCCCUCAGCGGCCCCAGUGGCACCUCUACGAAGCUCACGGUCCAGGUGUGCCUCCGCUUCUGCCGCAUGAAGGGCUACCAGGUACUGUCCACCGGCCCCGGCCAGUGGCCCCUGACCUUGACUGAAAUCAGGGCCCAGAACAACUCCCAGCGCCCGCUGGCCCCGCCCACAGUGUCGGUGGGCUCCUGCCAGGGGAACUGGACUGCGCCGCAGGGCGUCAUCUACUCCCCGGACUUCCCGGAUGAGUACGGGCCGGACCAGAACUGCAGCUGGGCGCUUGGCCAGGCGGCGACGGGCGCCUGGGAGUCUACGAAGGUGAGGACGGGGCGAAACGUGGGCAAUAAGGAAAGGGAAGGGAGUACCGAGGUGAGGCCCCGCCCCAUCCCCCCGGGGCUUGCCCCACAGCCACGCUGCCUCACACCCCUCUCCACAGGCGUGCAGGAUGCCUCGGAGAACCCGGUGCUCCCCAAGGGCUCGGCCCAGACCCCUGCAGUGCUCCCCGACGGGACUAAUGUGAGCUGCAGCCCCCGGCUUGGGGCUCCGGAGGCCACAAUGGGGGCCCGGGUAUUCUCGACAGUGAUGGCCAUCUCAGUGUUGCUGCUGCUGCUGCUGCUGCUGUUGCUACUGCUGUCGCUGCUACGCCUGCUGCGCCGACGGAGCUGUCUACUGGCUCCAGGAAAAGGGCCCCCACCCUUGAGGCCUUCCCAGGGCUCUGGGAGAAGUUGGGCUGUGUGGUACCGCCGACCUGGAGGGGUGGCACUGCCCUGCCCCCCUGGGGACUCCCAGGCUGAGGGUCUAGCCUCGACUUACCGACCCCUGAGCGCCUCCAGCCAGAGUUCCCUGCGUUCGCUCAUCUCUGCUCUCUGACUCAGGACCCCCGGGGUCCACUGGAUCCUCCAACAGUGUGAUGGACACCAGAGACUCCAUGCCGCACUCUGCCUUGGCCUUCCAGUUUUUUUAAGGGCAGCUCUGCCUCUGUUCAUCUCUCAGAGGCCAGUCGUCAGACAGGAAGCAUCUGGUACUAUUAUUGGGAACUUGGCCUAACUCUAGGUGUCCAGAUGGUCCAGGCCAAAUGGCAAGAGGAAUCGGCUCCCCUCCUCAUGGGCCUUGAUAAGGAGCUCUCUGAUUUCAGGGUCUUUGAGCCCCUCUGGGGGUAGUCCUGGACUGCUGCCCUAAGUGAAAUGUGAGAGGUCAACAAAAGUGGUCAAAAGACCAGACACACACUUUGAAUAAAGGACCUAUUUUGGUAUAGG